AUGGGCAGUGGCGCAAGCCACAAGGCGAGUGAUGCUGAUUCGGCUGAGUCAAAGCCAGGGCCAGCACAGGUUGGAGAGGAGCUCGAAAGCGGUUGCGUCAUCCACGAAGUUGCAGACAGGGCCAUCACAGUUCAGCAGUUGCAGGAUCUUACAAGUUGUAUCGCGACCAAGCUGAAAGAAGAAGGAUGGACAACCACAGAUCCGUCAGUCGCAAAGCCAGUGAAAUUGAAGAAGGGAACCGUGAACCUGUACGAUGUCGUGGCCAAAUUGGUGAAGCCUGCCACAGAGAAACGACGCUGCUCCUACGUGGAGUUGGUCGCUACAGGGCCUCAGACAACCCGAUGGUUCGUUUCUCACUGGUGGGGCGAACCAGUUUUUCAUUUUGUGGCUUGCGUGGUGAAGCACAGCGAGCAAAGACGGCUCGGGUAUGCGUCAACUUACUGGGUCUGUGCAUAUGCAAAUAACCAGUGGGAGUUGGCCUAUGACGUCGCAGCGAAUCCAGCGGAGUCGUCUUUUCGACGAGCCCUCGAUGUUGCCGAAGGAACAUUGUCGAUAUUAGAUGAUGCAGCCAGGGCCUACGAGAGGGUGUGGUGCGAGUACGAGGUGUUCGUAACUCUUGAGAAGGCAAAAACGACAGCGCAUCUGUUUGAUAUUUACACGUAUCACAAGCAUCAACCGCGGGGUAUCACGGACGGCAUCACAGAAGGAGACCGUCGGGGGGCAAGCUGGUGGUGGGAAGAUCGGAAGUGGUCCCGAGAGAAGAACUUUCCGGUAGAGUUGGCUGAAGCAGCAAUGCAGGCACAGGUGCAGCUGGCAAUGGCGAGCGUGGAUGCGGACCGCAUCCAUAUUCUGAACUCCAUCGUUGGUGCACACGACUUGAAUGCCGUUCCACCAUUGGAGCACGAACGGUACGAUGUCGUCAACACCACGUUACAUGCUCGGUUUGCUCUGGCAGCCCUGAAGCUCAUGGUGGAAGCCAGGCGGUCGCUCCACAGAUAUGUGCAGGUGAUUUCCAACUCGCAGGUCACCCGCAUCAACUUGUCAUUCAGGUCCGACCAAGUCCUGUCUGAUGCGACCCUGCAGCAGCUAGCCGCAGCACUUCCGGCGACUUUGAAAGACCUGUGCCUGAAUAUGGUGGACUGCACACUCUUGACAGAUCAGGGCAUCCAGGCCUUGGCACUUGCAUUGGAACCGCUUCCGCUGGAGAGCCUGCACCUGGACAUUGCGAAGAAUGCCCUUUCAGACGAAGCUGUGCAGGCAGUGGCGGCCUCCCUCGGCGAAUCGUUGCAGCACCUCUGGUUCAGCGUAGGACAUAUUACCGACAUCAGCGAUGUUUCUGGUGAAAGCCUGGCAACUGUGCUACCUGCACGCCUGGAAAGCAUGUUCUUGUCUCUCGCUGGAUGCAGAAAGAUCACUGGCAAGACGCUGGAAAGUCUGGGCAGGUCCUUUCCUCUGAAAUUGUCGCAUCUUGAGCUCAUGUUCGGUAGCUGCCACCUGCUGGACAAUGCUGCGGUACAAGCGCUGCUGUCUCAACUGCCCGAGGGCUUGCUUGAUCUGCGGCUGGACUUCUGGGGAUGCUCGCAGCUCACGGAG